UCGCCGAGCCCAUCGUGCGCGGCCCAGAGCCCACUAUCCCAGCCUCCGCCUCCGCAUCGAUCUCCCUGUCCCUGUGUUCCAGCGCCGCCCUCGCCUGAGAAAGCCCCUCCCCCGCUGCACGCGCCAAUGGCGUUCUCCUUCUCCUCGCCGGCGCAGCAGAACCCGUUCCAGACGCCAGCGCAGCAGAACCCUUUCCAAACUCCUACGCCAUCGCUGCAGAACCCGUUCCAGACGCCAGCGCCGGCUCAGGCGCAGGCGCAGGCCCCGUCCCCCUCGCCUUUUCAGUUCAACUUCCAGCAACCGCAGCAACAGCAGCAGCAGCAGCAGCAACUGGCCGCCCCGACGGCGCAGCCUCAGUCUCAGCAGCUGAUGCUGUAUACAACGGAGGGGAAGCCCGCGGGGUACAACACCAAGUGGGAGGAACUUCACACCGAGUCGCAGAAGGCGCUGCUUCAGAUCGAGGAUAAAAUACGGGAGUACAAGGAUGAGAGCGAGAGGUUGGAUCAGUGUAGUCGCCUUCAUGACUCCUCAAUCUCCAAUGUCAAUUUUGAGCUCGAUGCAAGUCGCAUUGCUCAGGAACUUGGAGGGACUGCCACCAUAUUGGAGAGAGAGAAGGCAUCUGUUCAAGAGUUAAUGACUGUUGUCAAUGAGAUGAUGUGGAACACAGAAUUUGCUAUUCGGUCAUAUAUGAUGUUGAGACCAAGGUUCACCAAAUCAGCGAGUGGUUCUUCAAAUCCUUCUGGACCUGCUGGAGCGCUGUCCAAUCAGCCCGUGGCGUUGGCACCGACCAAUGAUUUUUAUAGUGGUGUUCCAAAGCGGCCUUCUCUUUUUAUGCAACAAACUGUCAGCAGGUUUGAGAAGUAUCUUGGGGAGUGCUCCAAGUGGAUUGGUGAGCUAGAGCAGCUGGUUCAGAUGGAGAGCAAUAAAAGAUCAUCAUCUUCUUUGGAAUCUCUACCAAAAGUUAUGUCCAAUGUGCAUGACUAUUUCAUCUAUGUUGCUUCCAAGGUGGAAAAUCUUCACCAGUAUGUUGCUACCAUGAAAACUGAAUAUCUACAUGGCCAACGCCGUCUGGGUAAUGCAAAUGAUCCAUUUCUAGAGGCAAAUAGAAGAGAAGCAGCCAAAGAAGAAGCAGCUGCCAAAAGGGUCCAUCCAACACUGCAUUUGCCUGCUCCUGUACAGCCCACAACACAAGUUUCUGCACCAGCAACCAGCCAACCACAGCAAUCUUUGCUCCCUUCCGCAACAAAUUCCUCAAGCGCCUUUGCAGCUUUUAGCACUCCAGCUUCCGCUCCAUCCACUUCAAGUCUCUUUUCAACCCCAACAACUCCAACUCUCACUUCAAGUCUCUUUUCAACUCCAGCUCUCACGACAAACCUUUUUGGUUCAAGUGGAUCAGCCCAGUUGUCCACACCAUUUGGCACAUCCUCCACUCCUACACUUGGAUCAACACCAGCUCCAUCUGCAUUUGGUAGCACCCCAUCUUUUGCUUCAACGCCUGCUUUAGGUGGAACUUCACUAUUUUCUACACCGUUUGGAGGUGGAGCUACAGCUUCAGGAUCCAGCUUUGGCGGUACAUCUAAAGGGAGGUCAAAGGCCCGGGGUCGACGGUAGAUGUAACUUAAUUAACUGCGAAACACGGGCAUGUCCUGUCUUAUGAGGAAAACUUGUAAUUAAUUUUACUGACAGUUCUGGCGGAGCCUGAGUGUUUAUUUUGUCAAAUGGUUAAUUUAUCUGACACUUGUUAUUAGUUUCGUUCCCUCUGCGAACCUCCUCGGUGUUAUCUGUGGUUCAGAACUCACUACUAACUUGAGCAUUUCUUUCGAGAGGUAGAUGCUGUAAACUUGUAUUACUGCAUUAGUUCGACAUUGACUUCCAAGUAGUUUCAACCUUUCAGGCCAUUGCAGAACCUUGACUAAGAAUCCUGUUAAUUUUA